AUGCCUCCUCUGUUUCUUCUGCCUUCUUCUUCUGCCCUGUUUCUACUUCUUCUCCUUCUCUUAACUCUCCAAACCCUAACCUCAAUAUCUCUCUCUCAGCCGGACGCUCUCCGUUCACCGGAAAAGUGUGGAAAUUUCUCUGUCUCCUUCCCUUUUCAUCUCUCCCCCUCCUCAACCGCCGCUUUUAGACUCUCCUGCACAAACUCCUCCACUUUAUAUCUUCACAUAAACCACCAAAGUUACCGAAUCAUUGAGUUCUUCACAGACGGUCUCCUCGUAGACUUCCCUUCAUCUCCUUCUUGUCGCCAAUUUAACGACUUAAGAUCUUUCCCUUUCUCUGCAAACCAAUUCUUCUCCAUCUCUUUCGAAAACGUGAUCGGUCUUUACGACUGUGAAGAUUCUUCUCUCUGUAAAGCCGGUUGCGAAACCAACGAUCUCUUUGGUUGCGACGGCAGAGAGGAAGACGAAACCUCCGGUGGAGAUACCGGAUGUUGCUACCCUCUCUCUGAUCACAGCGCGUGGCGUGCAGGUGAUGACUUCUCUGUUUUUAGUAAAUACGGAUGCAGAGGAUUCUCUUCGUGGGUUGUUCCAAGAGGGACCAACACUGGUAAACGAGGUGUUAAAUUAGAGUGGGGGAUUCCCAGAAACUCUUCGGAAGCUAUUUGCGAUCGUGAGGCUCGAACUGUCAACGCUACGGCUAUCGAAGGGAGUGUUCGAUGUGUGUGCCGUGAUGGCUUCGUUGGCGAUGGCUUCGUCCAUGGAACCGGUUGCUUAAAGUCUUGUUACAAAGACGGAAAGGAAUUAUAUGGAGACAAAUGUGAGAUCAAGAAACACAAGGGGAAGAAACUCACCGUUUUAGCCGGAGUUUUAGCUCCUCUGUUCAUAUUGGGCUCACUAUUAGCACUCUUCUGCCUCCUUAAACGUCCGGUAACAACUCAUACAGAUCAACAGUUCGAUAUCUCUACAGCAACGACUACUACUAGUGUUUCGUUUCGCAAAGGUUACAACAAGACUCGUCUCUUCACAUACCGUGAGCUGGAAGAAGCCACCAAAGGGUUUCAAGAUUCACAUAAACUCACACAAGGCAAAACCGGGACAAUAUUCUCAGGCAAUCUAACAAACGGCACACGAGUGAUCGUCCACAAGGUUCUCUGCGAAAACCAGAUUGAAUUCAUGGAGAUUUCGUCUCAAAUCGAUCAUCUAUCCACGGUUUUGCAUAGAAAUCUCGCGAGAAUCAUAGGUUUCUGUAUGGAUAUUGGAUAUAAUCCACUCGUUGUUUACGAGUAUCCGGUAAACGGAUCGCUUGGAGAUCGAAUACAUCUAGGGCUUGAUUGGUGCAAGAGAGUUAACAUUGUAGCUGAAGUAGCUGGUUUACUAGCUUUACUUCAAUACGAGAACUAUCCACCGAUCCUACACAACAACAUUGCCUCUGGAUACAUCUUCUUAGACGAAGAUUUCCAAGCUAAAGUCACAGGUUUUGGUUUACAGAGGAAACAGAGGAUUGAUACAAGUAUGUACGAUUUCGCGGUUCUGCUUCUCGAGAUUGUGACAGGUUUAAAGCAGAGAGAAGAGACAGUGACUCAAGCGUUACAGAGGAUUAGAAGCGGUAAGCUUGAAGAGAUCGUGGAUCCUUCAAUGUAUUUCCAUGAGCAGCCUAUGGCUUUUAGGGAACAGAUUGGUUUAGUUGCUGAUAUCGCGACUCGGUGCGUUUUGUUUGGUGGUGAUGGUAAAUUUGGAAUGGUUGAUGCAGCUAGAGAGCUGUUGCAGAUCGCUGGAAACAGCGGUGGAGGCGGUUGCGAUAAGAAAGGAGAUGGAAUUGAGGAAACGUUUUCGAAUUCGAGUUUACUUCAGAUGAUUUCUAUGUCUCCUGACUCUAUCUAUCUCCCUAAGACCUAAAAACAGAGGAAAUUAAGGUUCUUUUUUGUUUGUUUGUUUUGCAUGUAUGUAAAUUUGAAACGUUUUA